AUGUCUACGUAUUUGGAAAAUCCGUUGAAACUGGAGGAUGGCCUCCAAGAGGUGGAAGUCCUACGGAGAGUAAACUCCGAGUUUGUGGUCAAACUGUUGGACAACUGGACUGAAUGCGAGAAUACAAUGUAUUUUCAAUACGAGUACUACGAACAGACACUCCAAGAGAUACUAGAGCUCAAGGCCCAGACUUUCAGGCACUCGAGCACAGGGACCUCUAUAAGUCCACUUGAAUUCUGCAUUUCCAGUGCCUUGUUUACUGACCUACUCGAGGCGCUAGACUACCUGGAUCACACACGCAUUGUGCAUAGACGUAUUAUGCCAGAAAACAUCUACUUGUGCUUAAAUAAGCCGGGCCUUAAAAUUGAAGUGAUAAGAAAUCUGGUUUGUGAUACCAGUGCCGACAUCUACAGCGCCGGUGAGAUAGCCAUGGUUAUGUUUCAUUUUGAUUUGGAUGAAGAUACCAAGAAUAAGGUGUCAUUUACAGACGAUUCAAUUCCCCGCAAUUUUAUCGUCUAUUUAUACAAAACUUUGCUAAAAAUGCAAUCAAACGAUCCCAAAGUAAGGCCCACCGCUGGACAGAUACUUCAGAACAGGAACCACUUCCUGGUCGACAAUUAUCUUAAUAUAAACAGCUUUCAUAUUAAGAUGUUCAUAAUGGAGCACCCGCAUUGGAACAAUUUUAUCAUCUACUAA